AAAAAAAUACUAUACGAAAUGUCCAUUCAUCUUCACGGAAAAAUAUUUCAGAUUAGUUAAUUAGAUACGGAUGAGCAGCGCACGCAGCUGGAGACAGCGAAAGGGAUUCGAGACCUGCACAGGCUAAUCGGAAGGUUUAGAUUCGGUGUGACCAAUGUGAUGUGCAAUGUCUCAGCUGUACUAUCGCAGAACAGCCAACUCCUCCAACAGGGACCAGACCACUCUGAGGAUUGUAAGGGCUGAGUAUGAACUGUCUGGCCUGGAGAGGAACUACUUGGGAGCGGUGGAGAAAGGAGACUAUGUAUCAGUCAAGCAGGCUCUGGAGGAGGCACAGAUCUACUUCCGGGUCAACAUCAAUUGUAUUGACCCAUUGGGCCGCACAGCUCUACUGAUUGCUAUAGAGAAUGAAAAUCUGGAGAUUAUAGAGCUACUGCUCUCCUACAAUGUGCACGUUGGUGACGCCUUGCUGCAUGCCAUUCGUAAAGAGGUGGUGGGGGCUGUGGAGCUGCUGCUCAACCACAAGAAACCCAGCGGCGAGAAACAGGUCCUUCCCAUCCUAUUGGACAGGCAGUUCUCUGACUUCACUCCUGAUAUCACGCCCAUCAUCCUGGCAGCUCACACCAACAACUAUGAGAUCAUCAAACUGCUGGUGCAAAAAGGGGUGUCCAUUCCCCGGCCUCAUGAAGUUCACUGUAACUGCAUGGAGUGUGUGUCCAGCUCCGAUGUGGACAGUCUGCGUCAGUCCCGCUCUCGCCUCAACAUCUAUAAGGCCCUGGCCAGCCCUUCACUCAUGGCCAUGUCCAGUGAAGACCCUUUCCUCACAGCCUUCCAGCUCUCCUGGGAACUACAGGAACUCAGCAAGGUGGAGAAUGAAUUUAAGUCGGAGUAUGAGGAGUUAUCUCAACAGUGUAAACAGUUUGCCAAGGAUCUACUGGACCAAACCAGGAGUUCCAGAGAGCUGGAGAUAAUCUUGAACUACAGAGAUGACAUCCACCCUCUACUGGAUGACAGCACACAUGACCUGGCCAGACUCAAACUGGCUAUCAAAUACAGACAGAAGGAGUUCGUAGCCCAGCCCAACUGUCAGCAGCUGCUUGCGUCUCGUUGGUAUGAUGAGUUCCCGGGGUGGAGGCGCCGUCAUUGGGCAGGGAAGUUCCUAACCUGUGUCUUCAUCGGCCUUCUAUUCCCACUUUUCUCCCUUUGCUACCUGGUCUCUCCUAAGAGCCGCUACGGACACUUCAUCAGGAAGCCCUUCAUCAAGUUUAUCUGCCACACAGCAUCAUAUCUCACCUUCCUGUUCCUCCUGCUGCUGGCCUCCCAGCACAUCGUCUCUACAGAACCCAACAGACAGGGACCAGCUCCUACUGUCGUGGAAUGGAUGAUACUUCCCUGGGUGCUGGGCUUUAUCUGGACAGAGAUUAAACAGAUGUGGAAUGGAGGGUUCCAGGAUUAUAUCCAUGACUGGUGGAACCUUAUGGAUUUUGUUAUGAACUCUCUGUACCUGACCACCAUCGCUUUGAAGAUCGUUGCUCAUGUCAAGUACAGUGGCUUACUGGCCAGGGACAAAUGGGAGAUGUGGCAUCCAACCCUGGUAGCAGAGGCAAUGUUUGCUAUCGCUAACAUCUUCAGCUCCCUGCGUCUUAUCUCUCUGUUCACGGCUAACUCACACCUGGGGCCUCUACAAAUCUCUCUGGGCAGGAUGUUGCUGGACAUUCUGAAGUUCCUGUUUUUCUACUGCUUGGUGCUCCUGGCCUUCGCUAAUGGGCUCAACCAGCUGUACUCCUACCACAAGACCAACGAGGGACAGAAGGGAUGCAAGGGCAUCCGCUGUGAAAUACAAAACAACGCUUUCUCAACGUUGUUUGAGACGCUCCAGUCAUUGUUCUGGUCUAUCUUCGGUCUGAUCAGCCUGUACGUCACCAAUGUUGAAGCAGACCACAAGUUCACAGAGUUUGUAGGGGCUACCAUGUUUGGAACCUAUAACAUCAUUUCUCUGGUGGUGCUACUGAACAUGCUGAUUGCCAUGAUGAACAACUCCUACCAACACAUAGCUGAUCAUGCAGAUAUUGAGUGGAAGUUUGCCAGAACCAAGUUGUGGAUGAGUUACUUUGAAGAAGGAGGGACACUGCCUUCCCCAUUCAACAUUAUCCCCAGCCCCAAGUCAGUCUGCUACUUCAUCUGUUGGAUCAGGAAACAUAUCUUCAAGAACAGGGCCAAGAAAACAGAAACAUUUAGAACCAUAGGGAAACGGGCUGCGUUAAACGUAAGAAAAAACCACCAGUACCAGGAGGUUCUGAAGAACCUGGUGAAGAGAUAUGUAGCAGCCAUGAUCCGAGAUGCCAAGAGAAAGGAAGGUCUGACUGAGGAGAACUUUAAGGAGCUGAAGCAGGACAUUUCCAGCUUCAGGUAUGAGAUCCUGGGGAUGAUGAAGGGGAAGACAGCAGAUGGGGGCGGGGCUCCAGCUGGAAGUAAACCCAGUGAAGGGGGAGGAGCCUCCAACCUGGUCUACCCUGACCACUCCUUCAAGUACCUCCGUCAGUUCCUGUCGGCCUCGCCUAACACCGACAUGUUUCACAUGAGCACAUCCAUGUUGGAUCAGAGUGCAGCACCUUCCUCCACUCCCUCUGUGCCCUCUCCGGGCUGGAACAGGCUGGCCAACGGCUCUGUGGUACAGUCCCCAGUCUCCACUGGCCCUUUGUCCAAUCCCAGCUCCCUCUUCUCUUCCUCCUACGCUUCAAUCCAUACAUCCACAAAAGAAAGACUGUCCUGGAAUGACUUCCCCUACGACAUCUCUGACUUUGGGCUCCGCUCUGUCUCUGAGGAGGUGGGUGAGGCUGACCUGGAGGAGCUGGGCUGUGAUGAAGAGGAGGAGGAGCAGGAGAAGACUGUAGAUUCGAAGGGAGCAGGGAAGAAGACAGAGAUGGACGUGAAAGAGGAAAGAGGGGCGUGUCAUGAGUCGAUUGUAAAACAAACCAUUGAAGAUGAGACUACGUAGAAUUAAUAUUAUGUUCAAAAUGUGUCCGUACCAAUUGUAAUUAAUGUAGAAUCAAUGCCAAUAUUUAUAUUUCUCGAAAUAGUAAAACUAAAUCAAGUAUUUAA